AGCCGGUUAGCAUGACGCCACUUCCUGCGGUCUAAACUGUCAGCCACGUCACCUCCCCUGAAACAACUUUCCUCCGAGACGACAGGGCACACACCCGAGUCAACGCACGCACUAUCUCGUCAUCCUUUUAGCCGACGAGCGCCCGAACUACCGGAAAGACGGUUCCGCUGCUGAGCUUCUCCUUAAUCUCGACUCGUGACCUGUUGCGGCUGCACGGCUCUGCCCGAAGGCCCGCAGGAGUUUUUACUCUCUUUUUGCCUGUCGCAGCCCAAACACCAUGAACGUCUUCCGUCUUGCGGGGGACGUGUCACAUUUGGUGGCCAUCAUCAUCCUGCUGCUGAAGAUAUGGAGGUCCAAGUCCUGCGCCGGCAUCUCUGGGAAAUCUCAGGUGCUCUUUGCACUCGUCUUCACCAGCAGGUACCUUGAUUUGUUCACUGUCUUCAUCUCGGCCUACAACACGGUCAUGAAGGUGGUGUUUCUGGCUCUGGCCUACGCCACGGUGUACCUGAUCUACAUGCGCUUCAGGAGCACCUACGACUCCGAGAACGACACCUUCCGUGUGGAGUUCCUGUUGGUGCCGACCAUCGGGCUGUCCUUCCUGGAGAACUACGCGUUCACCCCGCUGGAGAUCCUGUGGACCUUCUCCAUCUUCCUGGAGGCGGUGGCCAUAAUGCCGCAGCUCUUCCUGAUCACAAAGACCGGCGAGGCCGAGUCCAUCACCACCCACUACCUGUUCUUCCUCGGCCUCUACCGAGCCCUCUACAUCGCCAACUGGGUGUGGCGUUACCACACCGAGGGCUUCUUUGACCAGAUCGCCGUGGUGUCCGGCGUCGUGCAGACCAUUUUCUACUGCGAUUUCUUCUACCUCUACGUCACAAGGGUGCUUCGGGGAAAAGGAAAGAUGAGCCUGCCGAUGCCCAUUUGAACCGGACGUCUGGGCCCGCCCGCAGCGCCGCGCCCGUUUUCAAAGACGGAACCGACGGUCUGGCGUCAUUCUGUUGAGCAAAAUGUGUGCACCUGAUAGUCGGCUGUGAUUGGCUCUUAGUGUGUGAGUCCGUAUGAAUUACACGCCCUGUUUCAGUCAGAAGGGACAUUUGUUUGUUUUUUUUCCUCAGAAGAUGCAAUUGUGACCCUAUAAAUUGGUCCCUGAUGUGCACCAGGUACUUAAAUUAGGGUGAUGGAAACUGUUUGUCUUUUUACUCCGGGACUUUGGCUCUGGCAAUAGUUAAAAUGUUGAAUCCACAAAAUUGUACUUUAGGUAGUUUGUAUGUAGUUUCACGUCAUAGCUCGCUAAACGUUAUCCAAUCACGGCCGCAUUUUACAAACUCACGUCUUUUAGUGACAACAUUUUUUUACGCUGUACCCUUUAAGUCAAGUUAAUUUUAUUUAUGUAGCACAAUAUCAAUAACCAAAAAUUUUAAGGGGCUGCACAAUCUGUACAUCGUGUUCGUCAUUGGUCAAAUAAUGUUUGACACGUGGCUAAUUGAAUUCUAUGCAAACGAUUUAUUUCCUUACUCCAAAGAAUGUUCAUUUUUGUAUUUCCUCUUUGUCAUCGUUCAUAUGUCAAUGUAAUUCUUCAUGGGAGGGGAAAAAGGGCUAAAUGUUUGUCAUGUUAAAUGAAGCCAAAGAUUUUAGUCACACAAAAGGCUGUUUUUUUUUAUCUCUGACCAAAGUGUCUUUUUGUGUAAAAGGAUAAAAAAAAGAAAUGUGACUAUGGGCAAAAGAGCAUGUUGAACUUUUUUUUUAUAUACUGCAAAUAUUUUAGUACAGUAAUUGAACACUAUUUUAUGACCUUCCCUUUUAUUAUAACAUGUGUAUUCAAUUUAAA